AUGACCCCGAUUAUCCCACAAAACCCUGCAUCGACAGGACCUGGAAAGCAAAUGCCAAAAGCUCCUCCCGCCAUGCGCAAUGAGCCUGCUUCAACGCAUUCUGGAAAUUCUUACCGACCAGGUGCCAAUGUUUCCGAUCGUGACAGUGUUGGUAAGAUGGCCAUGAACUCAAAUCAAGCUAAUCGACCCAAGUAUGGUUCCAGGAACCAUGCACGGGUCCCCAUAAAUGGACAAAACAACGCACGCUUGGACCACAACCGCCACCCACAAACUACACCUUCAGGCCAGCAAUAUCUAUUUCCCGCGGCCAAUCCGCAUGGAGGGAUGCAGCAAGUUAAUCCUUAUUUUCAUGCCCAGCCAGAGUUUUACCAAAAUGGGACUUUUCAAGGCAUGCAUCCACACAUGCUACCGAGUACCUACAAUACUUGGCCUGUUGUGUAUCAAGGAUAUGACGCACCCGACAACCAUUCAUACAACUUAGGUGAUCGUAUGCGGGGAGCUCAGCCAGAGCUUGCCGCUCCCAUGCCCUACCACCCCCAACAAUACAUGCCUCCUGUCAUAGAUGCCGUCUAUCAAUACGGGCCAUUGGUACCAAAUGUCGGCCAAAUGCCAGUUCAUUUGCAGUACAUGAGAACCCGAAACGGCUAUGUGCGACAAGACUUAGAUGCUCUCACUAGACAAGAGCCGGCAAUUCCUCGUGCCGUGCCCGCAAUGUGGACUAAUCCCUCUGAGCUUACACUCGCAAAAUGUCUUGAGAACCGCGAAGGCAUCACCAAUGUCUACAUUAGAGGUUUUCUGCCCGAAACCACAGAUGAGAUGCUUGCGGCUUAUGCUGUUCGAUUUGGAGAUAUUGAACGCUGUAAGGCGAUUGUUGACCUGGAGACUGGUCUUUGCAAAGGUUUUGGCUUUGUUCAGUAUUUUACUUACGAGUCAUGCGAGAAUGCCAUUCGGGGUUUCCAUUUCCUCGGUUAUCAGGCAAGCUUCGCUCAAAAGUCCCGCAACUCUCGUCUGAAGGACUUGGAAGACCGAACAUCGACCAACAUCUACUGUACCAACAUCCCGAUCGAAUGGACAGAAGCUGACCUACGUCGUCACUUUGAGCCCCACCAGGUGGUGUCGGAGAAAAUAAGUCGCGAAGAAAAGACAGGUAUGAGUAAGGAAGUGGGCUUCGCAAGAUUCGAAAGUCGUGAGGUUGCCGAGCAAGUUUUGGACGAGUUUCACAAUGUUAUGGCGAGCGACGGUGUCAAAUUGAUGUUACGCUUUGCGGAUACCAAAUCGCAAAAGAUGCUGAAAAUGCAAAGUAACGAGCGCCGUGCCUACCGUGCGGGGGAAUACAACUACUCUGUUGAGGUGGUCCAAGGAUCUACUCCAUCUCCUACAGUUCAACGCAUGGCACAGAGCGAGACACACCUGACUCCUAUUUCCACUGCCACCUAUGAGUCCCCCGCGGGAGUCGAGAACGACUGGACUCCAGCUUCUUCCAUGUCUCCCAACUUUCAAAAGCAUCCUCUUAGCAAUUUGCGCCAAACCUCUUCUCUGAGUCUCAACAAUCUUGGAGAAAAUACCCCCGUGACUUGGCCCUCUCGCCGGCAGCGAUUGAGACGCUCUGUGACUGACAACACUGGAAGUUUCCUUCAGGUGGCCAGACCAGUUUCUCCAGAUGCGCUUACUGACACUUCUGACCCUUCUUCUACCCCUCAAAAUGGGAUCUCGAAAGCUCGGUCCGUCUCGUCGGUUCCGUUGCGCAUGUGUGCUUCUCCUAUGGACUUUUCUCCUAGGUCUAGCCUCUAA